GUUGGUUUGCGUUUCAUUAUUUACCAAGUCGAAAAUAGGUGUUCGCAAUCACGUUAUUCGGAAAACAAUUUUCAAUUAGUACGCUCCUGUAAGAACAGACUUAUUUUUCGAACUUAAUGUAUGGUAUGAUUUUGUUGGGUGAACUGAAAUAUUUUGGAUAACUGACGUAAAUACAACUAAUUUUCAUAAUGAAGAGCCUCAGUGCAUUUAAGCGCGGAUCUUGUUAUCUACAUCCAAAGUGAAGUUCAUGGAGGAGGAGUUUUCUGCAGUUAUCAAGGAAUAUCAGUCUGUUUUAGAGUCAGUGGAUAAAAAGCUCGCAUCAAUCGUUGCCGAUGACCGAUUCCUUAAUGACCUUAUUCAGAAAUCAGAACAAGAAGAAGGUGAAUCUGUACAUCUACCAUCCAAUAAAGAAGUGAUGAACACUAUAGAAGUUCACUUUGGGCGAGCUAUGCGUCUAACGUUAUUGAGAGGAGAUGGUGUAAGAUUACCUCUAGUAGUUCCUGUUGAUUCCCGUGUUUUGGAAUUGCGAUGGGCAGUACAGGAUGCAGUUACAUCGUAUAUGUACCAUCUCCGUAGUAUAUCACAGUUGCCAAAAGAUAAACUUAAAGGAGAUGCCGCUGACUAUAUUCCACUCAACAGUAUUCCUCCUAAAUUGAUUAGCUGGCGUUCCUUAUGGAGAACAAAAUGCUUAGCUCUGGUGAACCCACACAGUUUGUGUCCACCAGAAGGCUUCCCAUCCAUUAGUGCUAGACUAGAAGUUUUAACUGAUAAGUUAUCGGAUUAUCAAAUUCGUAAUGGUGCAGUGAUCACUUUUGCUCCUCGACUUAAGCGAAAGUGAACAUCGUGUUAUUUUUAAAUCACUGAAAUAUAUUUAACUUUUAUAUGCUUUGAAUAUUUGUACUUUCGAAAGUGUAAAUAACAUGAUCCUCAUGAGCUA